AUGAUGGAUUACACACUUAAGAGGGACAAGGACUUUAAGAAGAUUUUUGAGACCAUCCCUGCCAAUGCUAAAUACACAUCAAAUCAUAUACAAAAUGAAAUAAUUGAACUAAUGAGCAAAAUCAUAACUGAGGAAAUUGUAAAUGAAAUUGGAGAUGUGUGGUACACAUGUGCACUGUUUUAAUCACCAGCUUCACCUGGUGGUAGUGAAUGCCAUGUCAUCUGAUAAUAAAUUGGAGAACUUAUUUGGUGUAUGUAACUCUCUCUACAAGUUCUUCAGGAAACCUACAGUAGCUGCAGUCUAUACAGGAGAGAAGUUGAAGCGGCUGCUUGAGCAAUGGUGGACUGGUCAUCUGGCCACAGUGAAAGUGAUCAUGAACAGCUGUGACGACAUUGUCCACCUGCUACAGGAGAUUGAAGGCAUCCCGACCAUUGGAGCAGAUGUGCGAAUUGAGGCCACAAGGCUUUUGAAGGCCAUUACCGAGCCCAGUUUUCCAUUCAUUGCGUGUAUGACACAUCAGAAAUUAGGUUUGCUGGAUCCCCCCAAUACUGCACUCCAAGCAAAAUCCACUGACCUCUACACUGGUGUUCGUCUUGUCCAAAGUGCACUUGAAUGUGUGGAAGAACUUAGAAAAUAG